AUGGGAUCUCCACUGAUAGAGAUUGUGGGAAUGCCGGAUCUCAAGAGCGCAAAGGAGGCUGCUGGGUAUGUUAGAAAGGUGCAGCAGGUGCUUAGAGCUGUUGGAGCUUCGAACGCCAAUAUGGAUGAAGGAAGCUUGAGAUGCGACGUCAAUGUGUCUGUCAGCAAGCGUCGAAGGAGGUCCGAAAGCUCGGCGUAUGGAAGGGAAGGGCAGGCAGCAGAAGAGGUGGUCAGAGGAACUCGGUGCGAGAUAAAGAAUCUGAAUUCGGCCAGAUUCGUGGCUAUAGCCAUCGACUACGAGAUUGCGCGUCAAAUCUCCAUUUUGCAAAGCGGAAGUUCAGUCUCGCAGGAUACGAUGGGAUUCGAUGAGGCGACGGGAAAAACGUAUGUGAUGAGGUCCAAAUCGGACGCGCCAGAGUACAGGUACAUGCCGGAUCCUUCAUUGCCCGAUCUGAUUUUGCGCCAAGAAGACGUAAGGAGGAUAGGGCAGGAUGCUGCGGAGCUGCCUGGCGAGAGGAGGCAGAGACUUUUGAAAAGGUUUGCGGGAUGUAGUGUGGGAGAGAGGGAGGUGGAUGUGCUUUGUAGGAUGGACGAGGAGGUGGCUUUUCGAAGGGAGAAUGAGAGAGCGUUGAGGUGGAGCGCCUCGGGCAAGCAAAAGGAGGAAGCACAAGCCUACCUCGACCCUGUGCAAUACUUUGAAAAGGUGGUGACGGGAAAGGAGCAGCAGCAUGGCAGGACCACGGAGUUUAACGAUGCGGACCGCGCAAUCGACGAGCGCUUUGCGAGGGAUCCAAAAGUGGUGAUGAAUUGGUGAGUGGGACGUGCGAAGAGGACGAAGCUUGGAGGGGUGCAUUCCAUAUCCUCAGAGGCUUUGGCACGCCUCGCGCGAUUUUCGGCAUGUCCUAGCUGAUCUAUUCCACGUUCGAUCUUUUCACUCCUACGCCUGCUCGUGCUCCUUCUAUGCGUCAAAACAGGCUGAUCAAUGAUGUCGCUCAAGCUCUCAAGCAAUCCUCGGGACAAUCCGCAGUCACCUCCACCUCCACCACCACCUCCUCCUUUGGUCGCUUUCAGAAGCUCUUUCCUCAUGAAGCUUUUGGCGAGAUGCUGGAUCUGGUCAAGCAGAAAAAGCUGACGAGCACAUCUGCUCGGACAUUUCUUCGCAAUGUGGUUGAUGGAGAUGUGCGGCUGGAUCAAGUUUCGCCGUGCUGCUCCAAUAGGAUAUACGAGAUGUUGAAAGAACGAGGAAUGCUCGCACUGAGCGCUUCCUCUUCCCCCGACGGUGGGUCCGUCGCCGGUGCCGAUGGGCCUGCCACUUGGCAGCACCAGUCCGAAUCGUCAUCGACGCAAGACCUUACCUUGCUGCUUCCCAUCCUGCAUCAAAUCAUUCGCCAUUCGCCCGACGAAGUGAGAGCGAUUAAAAGCGGCAAAGAAAAAGUGCUCGGCAAGUUGGUGGGCUUGGUGAUGAAAGCUACGGCGGGAAGGGCGGAUCCUUUGCUCGUGCGACGCAUGCUCCAACAAGAACUGAUGAUCGACCAGCAGACGAAAAGCUAG